AUGGAAUCCCAGCUCUCCAGCCUGAGCCGUGGCCCCAAUCCUCUACAAGGCAUUCCUACUUUUCCCUCCUUUCACGAGCACCGUAAGCACAUUGUGUUGCAUAUGGCCGCCGUUUUCCGCAACUGGGCUCGCCAUGGUUACACGGAGGGUAUCUCUGGCCACGUUUCUGUCCGCGACCCAGAAUUUCCCGGUCUUAUCUGGAUGAAUCCUAUUGGCAAACACUUUGCUCUCAUGAAUGGCAGUGAUAUGCUCUGCCUAAGAAUCAGCGAUGGUGAAAUCGUUGGCGGUAAUAGAUCCCGUCCUGUUAACAACCCAGGCUUCUAUAUUCACUCCGAGGUACACAAAGCACGCCAUAAUAUCCACGCCAUCUGCCAUGCCCACACCAUCGCCGGACGUGCUUGGUGUGCCUUUGGCAAGCCACUUGAAAUGAUUACUCAAGACAUUUGCGACCUCUACGGAGUGCUUGCUGUGGAUACUGAAUAUGCAGGAAUCGUUACUGCUGAGCAAGAGGGGAGGCAGAUUGCCAAGGCUCUUGGACCCAAGGGCAAAGCUGCCCUGCUGAUCAAUCACGGUAUCAUCACUGUGGGACAGACUGUUGACGAGGCUUCUUUUUUGCUGGGCUUAGUGGAGCGCAGCUGCGAGAUCCAGCUCAAGGUUGAAGCUGCUUGUGCCGGCAAUCCCAACUUGAAGAAGAGUAUUAUCCCCCAUGAGCUGGCAAUGAACAAUUAUAAGAUGGCGGGCGAGAAGCACUGGCUUUAUGAGGAAGCACAGCCCGACAUCCAACUCGAGAUUGAGCUUGCGGGAGAGGUCAUCUCGCGGGGCUUGGAUGAUGUGAAGAUUGAUACCCCAUAA